GAUGGGGUGAUGAUCUGCUCACCCUUCUAGAUGUUGUACAGUUGUAAGGAAGCGUGAUUACUGCCCCUUUUAUCUUGAUAGUUAUUGUUGCACCUAGUGAUCAUAAAUGGGAACUGCACUAAAAGUGCAAAAAGAGGCCCAUUGGGGCAGGAAUCGCAGUGCCCUACACUCGCUCUAUGAACAUUUUCAUAAUUUCAUUCAUUGGAGGAGGAGCAGUGGACAUGAAAGUUAUUGAUAGGGUUGCCAGGGUCGCUGUUUUUAAAUUUUUUCUUUUUUAACGUCGAAUUGGGGGGACUUUAAAAAUAAUCUAUGGCCACCAGAUUCUUUUUUAAUAGCAAAUAAUCCGAAUGAAAUAGAAUAAAUCUCAGCAAAGAAAGACAGAGUGUGUGUCUGCAAUAUACAGAAACAUUUCUAUUGUAAGAUUGUAAGGGAAAGCGGGAUUAUGCAGUGGAUAAUGUCUAGAAAUGUGUGUGCUCCAUGAUGACCUUGUUUCCCAUGCAAAGACUGUGAUGGAGGGGGCGGGGAGUCUUCUUUUUCCAGUGCUCGAAAUGUUUGGGCUAGUUUCAGGUCUGAGAUCAGUUGGGCUGGAGGUGAUGCUGCAACCUGGCAACCCUGGUUAAUGAUAAGAGCUCCUCGAUGGGGAGAGUUGAACAAAGAGGUAACAGUUUAGCAGAAGUGGACGUCUCAGCGGUUGUAUCUUAUGCACCAUCACGCUAUAUCUGUGUAAUGCAGCCUUGGGUUUACGAUGGGGCAGAAAAAGCCUGUUUUGGGAUUGUCUUCUUGAUUUAACAGCUCGUGAACGAAUCGCUGGUCAUUUAAAGCUUUUAAAGAGCGGUGAUGGCCAUAGCCGCAGUGGAGUUGAUGGGCUUCUUCUUGGGAAUCCUGGGUAUGAUUGGAAACUUAGUGGCCACCCUGCUGCCCUACUGGGAAGUCUCGGCCCACAUCGGCCAAAACAUCGUCACGGCUGUGACGAACAUGAAGGGCCUGUGGAUGGCGUGCGUCCACCAGAGCACAGGAGUCUUCCAGUGCGAGACCUUCAGCACAAGCCUCGGCCUAUCCACCGAACUGCAGGCGGCCCGGGCCAUGAUGGUCUUCUCAGUUAUCUUUUCUGCCCUAGCCUGUGCAGUGUCCAGCGUUGGGAUGCAGUGCACCACGUGCAUGGACGGCUUCUCGGGAGCCAAGGCGAAAGCAGCUGGAGCCGGCGGGUGCCUUUUUUUUAUCGCCGGUCUUCUGUCGCUCAUUCCCAUUUCCUGGCAGACCCAUGAGGUAGUGCAGACCUUCUACCAGUACACCGAACAUGACGGUCUGAAGUUCGAGAUUGGGGACUGCCUGUUUGUCGGGUUUGCCUCGUCUAUAGUGUCUCUGUUAGGUGGAGGGCUGCUAAGCAUGUCCUGCUGCAGUUACAAGGAUGUACAGCGAAGGUUCAGACACCACGCCGGGGGUUACCCGUACCCCGAACGCGUAGGAAAACACGGCACGGGCCGUAGCGCCUCAGGGUGGACGCCCUUCCGCCCUUCAGCCACUCUGCAGAGCGGAAUCAACAUGAAUCCCACCAACAGGACCCAGACCAUGGACAGCCACUACAGUAGCAGCAGCCAGUCCACUACCGGCGUCCAAGACUCCACGAAACCGGCACACCGGAAACCGGCAGCUAGCUAUGAAGUCACCGGGUACGUCUGAACAUUUGGCCUAGCUGCUCUUCCGUACCAUGGAUUUGAAAAGACUGACAAACUUCUUCACGAACUUGUUUGUGAACAUGUCUUAGAUUUUUGCUUUAUAAAUUAAACACAUUCAUAUUUUCA